CUCGUUCCUUCUGCAUAUAUAACGUUAUAUGUACUCUUGCGUUACUGGUGGAUAAAUGGAGUACACUGACCCAAUUCUAUCGGUGCGACAGCCGUUCCUGCGUCUACCUCAUGUACCUGGCUAGCAAAACUCUGUUUGCGACUGUUACGGUUUCUUUAACUUUAAGCUCACAGGUAACAACGUCAACGUCGUGCUUCGAAACCCGAGCAUGUGGUAACCCCCCAAAAUUGAGUUGCGACCAAGCUGUUCAUCAGGACAACAUGUGCGAUAAAACACGUGUAUACGAAAGUAUAUCAGGGACUAUAAAAUCCCGAUCCAAACUUGAAAAGGGGUUAACACAUCAUUCACAUCACCUAAAAAAAUAAAAGGCAAAAAGCUUCAUCUCAACCACCCCGGCAAGCCCGGCACAUCUCGCUUAACAAACCCACCCUGCGGCUGGAUAAAAUCUCCUCGAUGCAACCCCAUUCGCUCCCGCAUUCCUUUCCCCAGAUCCGAAGGAUUGGCAGCUUUUACAAGCACUAGCCUGGCAGCCAGGUAAAGAA